AUGUGUAGACUUCAUCCUCUAGUCAAACUAAACCACACUUCCCAAGCCAUCAAUCAAUCCCCAGAAUCAAACAAACAAUCCCACGCACAUUCGCAACCUCGAGAAAACCCAAAUCUCUCCUCUCCACACCACCACCACACUUUCCAAAUCCAAAAACAAAAACAAAAACUCAAAAACUCCACCUCCCGUUUUAACAUAAACGACAAUGUCCGGCUUCAUCCCCCCAAUCCGCCUCACGCCCUUCCAAGUCAGGAACGUGCCUUCCGCGGGCGGCAGCAGCAGCAACAACCAACACCCGUUCUUCCAACCGCAGAACACGUCGGCGAGUUCGCCCGCGUCGCAGAGCACGUCGAACUCGUCUUCUUCGUCCUCUUCUACGUCGACGAGCUCGCCGAACACGCCGUCCAGCAGGGGGUAGGUGGAUGGAUGGUGGGAGGCUCUCGACGCGACACUGAGCGACGGAUCGGCGAAGAGCACACGAUAGGGGUUUCUGCCUCGUAUGGCUGA